AUGGAGACCUCCAAGGGUCCCCUUGCGGACGGGAAGCAAGCUGCAGGAGAGACGGUGGCUAGCUUUGCACGCAUCGAGGCCUCCCUCUCGGAGUGUGGCAAGAAUGAGGAAGCCUUAUCAUCAGCAUCUACAGGGUGGAGUAAAGCAAAGCACUCCUUGGACAAAAUGUCCAUUGCAGAGGCUGAACAGGAUAGUCUCGAAAUCCUGCUCAAAGAUCGAGAGAAGAAACUUGCACGAUUGGCAGGUCUCGAAUUCGAUCUGGCCCAGCACAAGAACCAGGUCUCUUUUCUGGAGUCUGCAGUGCGAAGGUUCAGGCAAGAUCUAGAGGCGUUGAGAGAGCUCAAGGAGCAGCCCAGGGCUGUUUCAGAAUGCUCGACCCCCGCAGCUUCCGUCGAGAGGGGUCAGCGUAAGACGGAUCCGCAGGGCACAGGACACGCAGCAAAACUACUUUUCAGGUAUCUGCAACAGAACCUCAUGGAGGACGCAGUCGACAAAGCAGAAAAGCCAGCAGGUGCAGGUCUGGAAUCCCCGCCAGCUGAUCCUCCCAGCAACCCCAAGGACAUGGAGACUGAAGACGAGACCAGCAACGCCUCAGCCUUGCCUGAGGGCUCUGCUGUGGUGGCAGACGCUGCAUCAGACCUGCUCCCAGCAAUUCCGAUAAAGAAGAAGCGCUCCCAGAUGCGCACGCGUGAUGACGGGGCGGCCAAGUGGAAGGGCCCCGUGCUGGAUGGGGCCGCUGCAGGCGCAGCCGCAGUCCCAGUGGAAGUCAAGGUGGAGGAAGUGGGGUCCGAGGCAGAGAGCGAGGAUGUGCGGGGGGAGGCGCAGCCGCCAGAGCGGCCGGGAGAGCGGCGGCUGGCCAAGCCGGGGACCACCAUCAACGGCAAGGGGCCACUGCAGGUGUGCUCCAUCUGUGGCUUCAAGAGCCGCCACGGCCCUGCGCUGACAGCGCACCAGAAGGGCCACAAGAACGAGAAAGCGCCGCGAGUGGAGAAGCGCAAGCACAAGCUGCUGGCGGAUGUGGUGGAAGCGGAGCGCAGCGAUAAGAAGGGGGUGAAGAGCGAGCAGUCGGAGGGGGUGGCGGCGAGCGAGGGGGAAGACGACGGGGAAGAGGUGACACAGGAAGGUGGGGCAAAGGGGGAGGCGUGGGGCGCCAAUGUUUGUAAUAUCUGCAACAAGAAAUUCAAGAAUGACAAGGCGCUGUUUGGGCACAAGGGGCGCGUGCACAGUAACCACAAGCAAGAGCUGGAGAAGCAGGCCGCUCUUGCAGGGGGGCCGGAGCGCAAGGUGCGGCGGCGCGGGGGCGAGGGGAAGGGCCGCAAAAGGGCGGCGAGCGAGGAGGGGCGGGGAAGCGAGGAGUAUGUGUCGGCAGAGGAGAACGAGCUGAGCGGGGAUGAGGGAGGGCCAGGAGAGGAGAAUGAACAGAUGGAGAUGCUGCAGGCGGCCGAGGUUCUGAUGGCGGUGGGGUUUUUCAAACGAGACGAUGAGAAGAAGGAGGCGUGGAAGAAGGGGGGGAAAGGAGAGAAGGUCACGGAGGAGAAGGGGAAGGGAAAAGAUUCCACCGGGGCUGCUGAGAAAGAGACUGAGGGGCAGACAGAGGGCAAGAAGGGCGAGGCGGAGCCUGCUGCAGCGGGCGAAAAGGCGACAGGGCCUGCGGAGAAGGACGAGAAGCUCGCUGAUGGUGGCCAGGAAGAAGGGCGCGCAGGCGGAGGUCAGACGCAGGAUGCGAAGGACACUGCAGCACAGGCGGAGGGGGAGACACCAGGAGUAGGGGAUGGGGACACUGGAGAUGAGAUCAAGGAGGGGGGCCCUGUGGAGGAGGCUGCCCUGGCCCUGCCGUCCAAGAGAGCGGAAGCAGCGGACGAGAAGGCCGCAGGAGAAGCACCUGGCAAGGAAGACCCAAAGGACGAAGGGCCCCCUGGCGCCGCACGGGACGACGAGCCUAAGGGUAGCCAGGGGCCGGAGGGGGCAGAAUCGAUGGACACCUCUGAUGCGCCCAAGGAGGACGCCAACGGGGCCUUCAAGGGAGAUGGCCCCCAGGAUGCUGUGGCGCCUUCUGCCCCUGUUGAGGUAGCAGCCUCAGAGCCUCAAGACGGGCCAACCCACAAGCAAGCGGAGGGGGUGACAGUGGCAGCAAAACCAGCGGGGGUGGACACUGAUGGCCCUCAGGGGGUUGAGGAAGCAGAGCGUGAGCCCCCUGCUGCGACGCCUGUGAAGGGAGUGCCAGAGGAGACCGCGGUUGCAAGGGGGCAGUCAGAAGGAGUAGCUGCCCCUGUGACAGAGGCUGUCGAGCAAGCCGAAGCCAAAGAUGCAGUCAUGGCAGAGGCAGAAGGAGAAGCGGUUGCGGAUGAGAUGGAGGUGGAUGUUGAGCUUGAGCUGGCCUCCCCGCCUGUGGAGCUGGAGCCAGAGGUGCCAGUGGCACUCGACUUGCCUGCUGGAAUCAAACAGAGCGCACCAGGGCUGGCAGCAGCAGCAAUCGAGCCAGCACCAGUGGCGGGAGGGGCGAUGCCCGAGCAGAAAGCGACGGUGGGAAAAGGUAGGACACGCCGCGGGGCGGCGGGGGGCCUGCCUGGAGGAGCGAAGGAGGAGGGAGAUGCAAGAGAGCAGGCCACCAUGGCCCCAGUUCCUAAGAAGGCAAGCGCACGCUCCCCCAAGCUGCGUCGCCACGUCCCAGAAGGCCCCCUGCCCCUGCCCGCGCUGUGGUCCGAGAGCCAGGAGGAUGCGCCCCUCGCGCAGCCCCUGGCGCGCAGCAGUAGCAGGGGCUUCAACACCGCCCACAAGUCCAGCAUGGUGCACGCACCCUCGCCCCAGCUCAUCCUAGCGGACGGGCCCGCUCUCGCCGUAGUGGGUACCGCAGAGCCAGGAGGGGGCUUUGCCACCGAGGUGGUGCCAUUUGCUGCCCACCCAACUUCAUUCGAGCCUUUCCCGGAGAAGGGGAUGCAUGACCUGGGGGCGUACGUGGAGGCGCCAGCUGUCCUGGGGGCGGGGUUGGCUGGCCCGCUCCGGCCUGCCUCCUUGGGGCGGUGGUUCUCAGGAAUCCUCAAGAAGGUGGUCCCCAUGGGGGGCAAGGCGCCCUCAGAUCACGAGCUGGCCAGCGCCCCUGCCGAAGGGGGCCUGGGCCAAGCAGACAUGCCGGGGGGUGCCGCAAUGCAGGGGGAGGGGCCAGGGGGGGCGGUUGAUGAGCCCAACCUGGGAAGCAGCGAGCCUGUGAGUGGACCCUCAGAACCCAGCAAAUAUGUUCCAACACUAGAGAGCGGGCCUGCGAGGGAUGGGACAAGGGGCGAGCCUGGGGGGGAGGCCGGGCAGGGGGAGACAGGGGCAGGCCAGGAGGUGAGGCAAAUGAAGGCUGCAUCGAAUGAGGAGGCGACUCCUGAGGAGAAGCAGAACACCAAGCCCGCUGCAGAGCAAGAGGCAGGGCAGGAAGGUGACCCAGAAGUAGAGGAUCCGCCUGGUGAUCAAGUAGUCACAAUGGAGGACGCGGAGGGGCUCGCUCAGGAGGCUGUUGUUGCAGCAGGCACAGGCAGCCAGCCCCAGACCUCUCUGGAGCCAGGCAAUCUGGACCAUGCAGCGGUGGUGGGGCUGGAGAGCGGGGCACCGCUGGGGCUGCCAGAGGGCAGGCCUGCCGCAGCCACAGAGCAGCCUGCCGCAGAUAAGGAGCCGGCGCCAGCUGGCGGGGCGGGAGAAAGCGUGAGCGACAGCGAUAGUGAGCGGCGGCUGAGUGACCAGCCCAUCAUUCCUGUCAAGGCGGCCAAGAAGGCGGCCAAGGACAAGGCGGGCAAGGCGCCCCGCGCCAAGAAGAGCAAGAGCAAAGCGGCGCAGCGCGCGGAGGAGGAGCGCCUUCUCGCUGCCAGCGGGCUCAUCCUGCCGACCGCCCCACCCAGGGUGGUGCAGGCGGAGCAUCUGACACUCAUGGCGCCCAACACAUUGGCGCCAAUGGCACCGAGCUACGGCGGUGUCAAUCCUGAGAGCGAGGCCGGCCAGGAGGGCGGCCUGGCGAGCUUGUACAACGCGGCCAGGGACAUUGUGGCGGACUUGCAGCGCGCGCGCAGCCGGCGGACGACCGAAGGGGGCAGCGGGGCGGAUGUGGCGGCUGCGGUGCGGGAUAAGGUGCGCGAGUACUUCCAGUCCAACCUAGUUCGCUACCAGCGCUCCUUGGACGACCUGGACGACUACGACUUCAUUGUUACGCCAACUGCGGGAGAGGGGCGCACACGCGACUGGGAGGUCGAGUUUGAGGCGGCGCCCAACGUGGCGGGCCUGCUGGCGGUGCUGGCCGAGUUCGACCGCGAGUAUGCGGCCGUUAAUGCAGCCGUGGUGGAGGCGACCAGCAAAGUGGUGGAGGCAGCAGCUAAACCCCCUGCUAAGAGGGGCCGUCCCAAGAAAACGUCCACCGGGGAAGGACCCGCAAAGAAAGCACGGGGGGAGGCAGUGUCGGAUCCGAUGUGGCAAGACGUUGGGGCCCAGGGCGUCACGUCUGCCGGCGGCGCGGGGGAAUUGAGCGAAGCGGGCUUCUCGUCGUUUUUGGAGGCCAUGGGGUCGCAGCAGUCGGCAGGAGACUCCAUGGGAGGGGCCGGGCCAGACAGCGGCCAGGGCGGCGACUCACACCUGGGGGGAACGCCGGGCUUCCCAGGGGGCCAAGCUGUAGCGCAGCAUGUGGCGGGGGUGUACGACUUUGGUGCAAAGGGACCCCCCCCUGUGACGGUGGUGCAAGUGGGCAAGCGCGGCGGCAAGAAGUCCCCCAAGACCGUCAAGGCGGAUCCUCUAGAGGGCCUGAUGAACUUCCCCGUGUCCCAGGCAGCUGCGCGCGCGCCCGCCCAGAUGCUGAGCGUGUACGCGACCAAGCCGCGCAAGAACGCGGCCGUGACGCUGACGUCGGAGCGGCAGGCGGCGGACCAGUACCCGCAGCAGAUCGGGGACAGGCUGGUCGUGUCGGAGGAGGGGGCAAUCCUAGAGCAGGUGACGGGCAGCGGCGUGGGCCCGCUGCAGGUGAUGCAGCGCGUGGGCGACCAGCUGAUCCUGCUGCCGUACCGCAAGGCCGCCGCCGUGAAGCGCCAGCUGCUGCGCCGCGAGAAGGCGCCCGUGCAGGUCGUCACCAAAGCGCGCCGCGCCAAGGAGCGCACGCUCGCCAAGAAGGGCCUCCUUGCGGUCGCAGGGGCCGCGUCGGCGGGGCUGACGCCGCCCCCCUCGGGGAGCACGUCCUCGGGCGUGGCGCAACCCGCAGAAGCGAAGCUGGCGGCAGAAGAUGUGACGGAAGAGCAGCUGAGGGCGGCACUGGGGCUCUCCGGCCCGAGCGAGGGAGGGUCAGAGUCGCUGUCGUGGAUGGGGGGGGCCAGUGGGGCCCCGGCAGAGAGUGGGCUCGACCCGGGGUUUCAAGCAAGCAGCGCGCCUGAUCUGAUGCCGGCCUCAGGGGCUUUGCAAGGGCUGGGCCAAGGGUUAGGGCAGGGUUUGGGGCCGAGGUUUGACACGGGCUUAGGGCAAGGUUUAGGGCCGGGGUUUGACACGGGCGCAGCGUGGGGCGGGCAGCAGUACGGGGCCCCUGGAGCGCAGCACUUCGGAAGCCAGAGCACGACGGGGGGUGCUGCGACUCUCAACUUCGACCUGACAGGAGAGAUGGACCCUCUUGCGCUCCCUCUAGAUACGGGUGCCAGCAACCCGCCUGCAGAGGGACUGAGGCAGCCAAAGCGGGCCCCCCAGCCCAGAGGUCGAGGGGGAGGGGGGGGCACGGGGCUCCUGGGGGGUAGCGAGCAGUGGGAACUGACAGAAGGGCAGAGGAAAGAAAUUGACAUUCGCAGUGAAGAUGAGGAGUCGGAAGAGGACCCAGCCCAGGGUGGGGGAAAGCGGAGCGCGGAUGCGGCGUUCCUGGACGAAACUGGCUUGGAGGCUCCUGCUGAGAAGUGGUUUCCCGAGCAUGCCGUGAAAAAGCGGAGGAAGUUCCUCGAAGUCGGUCUCGAGGGCGGGGCUGCCAAAGGUGGGGGGCAAGAGACACUUAGCGUGCAGCUUCCCUUGUCAGAGAGGCGAGAGGAUGACAAGCCCCGCGAACGGAACCUAUCCAUCCGUGGGGGUGGCAUCGAGAUGACCAGGAAAAUUGCCCGGCGGCCGCGGAACAACAGCGCCACCUCUCCCGGGGCGCUGAGCCCCUUCGCCUCCGCGGCAGAGCAAGGGCUGCCCAGCCCGGCCUCGGCUGUGACCCCCCGGCAAAGCAAGCGGCUGCGCAAUCCUCAGACCCCAACCUCCCAGGAGGAGCCGCCGAAGGCCCCUGAGCCACCAGUAAAUGCGGCACCGGCGCCUGUUCCGGUCACCGUCACCCAAACCAUAACCCCGGCGGAUGUCGUGCUCCCUGCGCCCGGCCAAGUCGUUCUUGCGCCGCCCGUGCCGGCCGUGCCGCGCCCGCCCGCCCCCCCGACGGUGACGAUCAACACGCGCGCCGUGCCCAUCACCGUACAGGGCCCUCCUCCACGAGCCACGGGGCCGCUCGCCGGCCGCCCCGCGCACCCUCUCGCCAAGGGCGGGCAGGGCAAGUCCCAGAAGGUGGUCACCCUGGACGCGAUCCUGGGGCGGCCCCUGGAGGCGGCGCCCCCCGCGGGGGCGGCGGUGCAUGCGUGCAGCUGGCCGGGGUGCCCGCGCGUGUUCUCCACGGUGCAGGCGCGGUGCGGGCACAUGAGCAGCCACAAGCCGGUCAAGAGCCGCGCCUCCGAGAUGGCCACCAAGCAGGCAGCCGCGCCCGCGCCACCGCAGCAGCAGGGCGGCGGAGAGAAGGUGCUGGACAGCCGCGUCUUCUUCGGGGGGCUCAAGAAGGACGAGGAACCGGGGGAGAGAGACGGUGACGCGGACGGGGAGGAGGGGCUGCCCGAACAGGGGUGGAACGGACUGUGCCGACUGGUGGGCGACAGCCUGGUGUGGCUGGACGAGCACGGCCAGACGGUGUCCAUCCGCUACGUCUGCACGGAGCCCGGCUGCAAGCGGCGCUUCAAAACGGUGCAGGCGCGCAGUGCCCACGCUCGGAGCCACCGGGGGGAGCGCCCCUCCAGUGGGGGCCUGCCCGAGGAAGGGAGCCCCGCGGAGGGGUGGCGCAAGAUGUUAGAGGACGGGGGGGAGGACGAGGAGGAAGAAGCGGACGAGGACCCCCUGCGGCACCUGCUGGAGAGCGAGGGGGGCAGGGACGGGGAGGCGGGGGGCGCCGACCCUGCCGGCCAGGAUUUUGGCGGGGGGGUAGGGCCGGGCCCGCAAACUACCCCACAACACUAG